GCGUGUGCAAGGGGACCUCCUUUAAUUUUCCCGGUGGCCGUCGCCCUCGACUUAUAAAAGCUCCGGCGGGGGAGGGUUUGCGCUGAGACGUUUGUUUGUAGGGCUGGUCGACCUGUUGUAAAUAUAGCACUUCUUCUGGAAAUACUCUCGUUUUAUUGUUAUCCUUCUUCUUCUUCUUUGGCUUGAGAUAUAUCCAAGAUGAUGGUUUCAUUCACCCACGCCCUGCCGCUGGCGGCAAGCCUCUUCCUCUCUGGCGCGAGCGCCGCACCCGCGCCCGCCGCCUCCUCCGCCGCGACUACCGACGCCAAGUACCUGCUCGUCUUCGGCGACUCGUACUCGACGACGGGCUCGUGGCCGGGCGGCGACAAGCCGUCGGUCGAGAACCCGCUGGGCAACCCGGCACUCCCCGGCACGACGACCAGCGGCGGCCUCAACUGGGUCGGGCAGGUGACGUCGAAGCUCAACACGUCGCUGACGUUCACGUACGACUUUGCCGUGUCGGGCGCGACGACGGACAAGGACAUCGUGGACAGCUAUGCCAGCGCGUGCGUCGACGACCAGGUCGACCAGUUCAACCAGUACCUGGACGGCAAGCCGCCGGGCGACGACUCGCUCGUCGUCUUCUGGACCGGCAUCAACGACAUUGGCGAGAGCUUCUGGGACAGCACCGACGUGCCGCAGGCCAAGGUCAUGGACCGCUACUUCGAGCUGCUGAGCAACCUGUUCGAGGCCGGGCUCAAGAAGUUCGUCCUGUUCAACGUGCCGCCGUUCGACAAGGCCCCCGCCUUCAACCAGCAGGGCGAGACCAAGCUCACCAAGCUCCGCGCCGACAUCAAGUCGUACAACGAGGCGCUGGAGACGCGCUUCGCUGCCUUCAAGACGGCGCACAGCGGCGCCCAGGGCCAGGUCUUCAACGUCACGCCGACUUUCAACAAGGUCAUCAACGACCCGACCAGCUACGGCGCCACGGACGCUACCUGCCAGAGCGGCGAUGGCACCAGCUGCGUCUGGACCGACACUUACCACCCCGGCUUGAAGGUCCAUGAGCUCCUUGGCAAGGCAUUCAUUGAGGCUAUUGGCGACUUGUGGUAGAUGCUUUAGGGGUGACGUGGGUCGAGAUGAGAUGUAGUUGAAAAGAAUUUUGAAUUAAAUGUCUUGACUGAUCG